CCACGCCCACGCCUGCAUGACCCAACCAAUCACCGUUUUCUUUCCCCGAUCUGCAGAGCACACACUCCUGCACAAAAUUAGCCUCGCAAAUCUCAAUCACACCCGCCGCUUAAAUUAAUCCGCGCGGCGAUCGCGGCAUCCGGCGAGCCACUCCGCAACCCCUGCUCUGCUCGAUUCUCACCGAACCCCUCUCGUCGAGAUCCAAAUCCGGCGCCGGAAUGCCCGAGGCGGCUCCGCUGGCGCUGCAGGCGGCGGCGAGCUCCCCAGUGGCUGCCCCCCUGCCGCGGGUGAGGCGGCGGCAGCAGCGCAGGGGGUGGCGGCGCCCGCGGGGGCUGCUGGCGUGGUGCGCUCUUGUGGCCUUCUUCUUCGUCAUGAACUGGUGGAUGUUCUCCCGCCUCCAGGACCCCGCCGCGCGCCCGCAUUUCCGCCUCCGCCGCCACCGGCCCCGGUCAGCCGCCGGCGCCGGCAACUCGUCGCUGUCGAGUCUGGAAGAGGUGGCUGGCGCUGGAAAGGGGAAGAGGCCUCACAGGGUUAUGCUCACCCGGCUGCUUGCUUUGGCAGCCCAUGCCCUGGCAGAGGCAGAAGCUAGGCCGGAACCUAACGAUUUGUGGAAAGAGCCAAUAAAUGCAACUAUGUGGAGACCUUGUUCUGACCAAAGGGAUUGGGAAGCAUCAGAGGGAACCAACGGUUACAUCAUGAUCAGUGCAAAUGGUGGCAUAAACCAGCAAAGGGUUGCGAUCUGUAAUGCUGUUACGAUCUCUCGAAUGCUCAAUGCAACUCUUGUCAUCCCGAAAUUCUUGUACAGUAAUGUUUGGCUGGACAAAAGCCAGUUUGGCGAUAUAUAUCAGGAGGAUUAUUUCAUCAGUUAUUUGAAAUCUGAUAUUCGGAUUGUAAAGGAUCUUCCGGUAGAGCUGCAAUCAUUAAACUUGGAGGCAAUUGGUAGCCUUGUAAAUGAUACGGAUGUCAUGAAAGAGGCAAAACCAAGUUUAUACGUGAAAAAAAUACUGCCAAUUUUAUUGAAGAACAGAGUUGUCCACUUUAUAGGAUUUGGCAAUCGCUUAUCUUUUGAUCCAAUACCUUCUGACCUUCAGAAACUGCGAUGCAGAUGUAAUUUUCAUGCUCUUCGUUUUGUACACAAGAUACAAGAAACUGGUGCACUGCUUGUAGAGAGGUUGCAUGGCCAUAGGCCCCAUUCGUCACCUUUGGAGAAUAAUCUUUUAGGCCAGUUUGCCGUCAAAUCUGUCCCUGGUGGGAACAUGAGUAAUGCAUCCAAAUAUCUGGCAGUUCAUCUCAGGUUCGAGAUCGAUAUGGUUGCAUACUCAUUGUGUUACUUUGGCGGUGGAAAAGAUGAGGAAGAUGAGUUAGAGGCUUAUCGCCAAAUUCACUUUCCUGCUCUGACAGAACUCAAGAAGACGACAAAGUUGCCCUCUGCUGCUUUCUUACGGUCUGAAGGCAAAUGCCCGCUUGCACCUGAAGAGGUUGUGCUUAUGCUUACUGCUCUUGGUUUCAAGCGCAGAACAAAUAUAUACAUUGCAGGUGCUGAAAUUUAUGGAGGGAGGCAGAGGAUGGUUGCCAUAAGUCGACUUUAUCCUUCUUUAGUGACUAAAGAAACCCUUCUUUCUCCAUCGGAGCUCGAACCAUUUAGGAACUUCUCAUCUCAGUUAGCAGCCCUGGACUUUAUUGCAUGUGCAGCAGCCGAUGCGUUUGCUAUGACUGACCCAGGAAGUCAGUUCUCUUCUCUUGUGCAAGGCUACCGCAUGUACUACGGUGGUGGAGACCUUCCCACAAUAAGACCAAACAAGCGCCGGCUUGCCAGCAUACUUGUGAAAAAUGCCACGAUUGAGUGGAAGGAAUUCGAAACUAGAGUCAUAAAACUCAUACAGCAAACUAAGCAAGUUCAUGAGAGGCCAGUUGCAAGAAGCAUAUUUAGACAUCCACGAUGUCUAGAGUGUAUGUGCAGAACAGAGCACUGAGACUUAUUUGAUAGUUUGUUGUGCAUAUACAGAUACUUAUCUUGAGAAGAGUGGCUAUAGCAAUAUGAGGCAUCCAAAGCUAGUUUGUUUGCGCUUCAGCUGACAUCUGGACAUAUCUCUUGCUCCUGAAGUACUGCUGGAAUGAAAUUAGGAAAAUGAAGUGAUUGAGCUCUUACGUGUAUGAGAAGAGCAAUUGCACAUUCUAAAUUCUAAUUGGUCCUGGCGUAGCUGACUAGCUUCGUUCAAUUGACAACUGCCCUUAUCAACUAAACAUUGUGCUGGAUUUAAUUCUUUGGCGGAUUCUUGUCUCCUGUGUGAUGGAAGUGGACUGGGGAGUGGGGACUAAAUUUGCAUCUGGACCGCAGUGCUGCCAUAUUUUUAUAGGAGUCAGUUAAGCAAUUCUGCAUCGACCAAAGGAAACAAUUAUAUUAUGUUGGGCAGGAGACAGCUUUCCUAGUCUCAAGAGUGCCUCAAUUAUACCCAGAUUAUCAUUCAAAACAUCAAAGUGCCGGAUAUAUGUGAAGCGAGUAUGCCAUCUCCAUUGUGGUUUGGCAUCAUUUGAUGGGGUCAGGUGGCAUCUCGCCUCCUUUUUUCCCCAUUCUUUUAUUCAUGGAGUAGUGUUGUACCAUACGAACCGUACAUAGCAAUGUUGUAAGUUUAUAUUAUGGCAAAAGCUCUGUUGGCUAAUUCACCAAUUCUAUUCAUCCAAAGACAAA